AGGAAAUAUUAAAGAAAAUGGAGUUGAAGUAUAUCUUUUUCGGCGCUCUGAUCUGCCAUGCGGUUAUGAGCGUACAGUCCGCUGCUAAUCCUAGAGCUAACGCCAAUACGAAGAAGCUAUUGGCAGCUCUGAGCAAACUUGGAGACCGGAUGCUCACUGGUGCCUUCGGAGGCUACAACCUCUUCGUUCAUGAGGUCGGUUUCUCCAUGGAACAAGCUUACGGGAUCCAGAAAUUGACAGGGAAGCUACCUGCCAUCUAUGGAAUGGACUGCUCCCCGGGUUGGGAGACCACUGCUGAAGGCCACGAAACCGACAUCAUCGAUUGCUUUCACCCACAGAUAGUAGAUUACGCCAAAAAGGGCGGUAUCAUUACCAUCAGCCACCACUUUCCUAACCCCGUGUUUGCAGGAAACAAGGUUGUCGGAAAAGGGACACUUACCAACUCUCAGUACGCCUCUAUUCUCCAGACUGGAACUCCUGCAAGAGAUAGGUGGUGGAACAUGAUGGAAAAGAUUGCUAGAGGUCUCCAAGCGUACAAGGAUCAAGGGAUCACCAUCCUGUAUCGUCCCUUCCACGAGAUGAACGGAGACUGGUUCUGGUGGUCAGCUCUGCCCGACGAAAGUCAGAACGGAGAGAGGCAGCGUCUCUUCAAGCUCCUGUGGCAGGAUCUCUUCAACUUCAUGAAAAAUAAGGGCCUGGACAACCUCCUUUGGGUCUACUCUCCCGAUCAAAGCAGAGGCUCCAAAACCGCUUACUAUCCUGGCAAUAGUUAUGUGGACAUCGUUGGUUUGGACUGGUACACGGAAGACCCGAACAGCUAUGUUAACGGCUACGAUGAACUCCUUGGACUUGGAAAGCCUUUCGCCUUUGCCGAAGUCGGGCCAUACGGAAAGAGUCAAGGAAACUUCGACUUCGAUUUAUUCAUCAGGAAUAUAGUAUCUCGAUACCCGAAGGCUGUAUUCUUCAUGCCAUGGAAUGGUAUAACCAGUCCAAUCCAGAACAGAAACAUUUGGGGUGUUUACAAUAACCCUAAGGUGGUCAACUUGGGGGAGCUGAAAGUGCGUUAAAGUUUUAAUAUUCAUUCAUAUAUUAAAAUGACACAGAGAAUAAAGGAUUAAACAUCUUAGAAAAAAAAAUAUUCAUUCAUUCCCUUACUUAUCUUUUGUUAAUAUAUUAUUUUGUUGUAUUCCCUAUUGGGAUCUGUCAUUUAUACUUAUACAAAUCUAGGAAUGUAUUUAAUCAGCUAUUUUAAUUUAAUUAAAAAAUGUUAAUUAAAAAUUGAAAAAAAACAGUUUAGUGUAUAAAUGUGUUUUAUCUUGUACUGUUGUGUAUCUUAAACUGUUUUAUAUAAUAAAAUAAAUACUGAAGAAAUGGACUCGUAUAAUAUGUAUUUUAAAAUAUUUUUAAUUGUUGCAGUAUGCUGCAUACUUAUUGUGGAAUAUAAGUAAUUCCAUUUCAAAAUAUUACCUUUUCUUCAGAGAUUUCACUUUUGGAAGUGUAAUAGCUUUAAGCCAAUCAGGCCAACAUUAAUUUCAGUGUUGUUAAGGGAUUAGUCGAUUAAGUUCUUAAAAAUGAGGUAGGAGGAGGUAAUAUGUAUUUCUUAUAAAUGAACUUUAAAUGUAAUUAAUGAUGUUUAAAUGUAAAUUUCCUUCUAAUCCACAACUGAAAUACCACUGGAGGUUUAUAGUUUUUUGAUUUUUUGAAAAAAUAAUUAAGAGUAAUCGAGUUUUUUUAGAAGUUAGCGCAGUAUCGCUAUAGCUACCGAUAUAAUACCUGUUUAUCGAAUAAAGCCACGAAGUAAAUUUUUAAUCGAGCUGAAAUUUUAAAAAUUUGUUGUAAAUUAUGAAUUUAUUUAUUGAUAAAAAAACACAAAUUUGAUGGACUGGUUUUUUAAGAUUUUGUUUUGUUUGGAAAUUAUUUACUGAUAGAAAAGACACUAAGUAUACAAAAAUGUGACCAACUAUUUUAUAUAUCAAACAUAAUUACAAGUAACGAUUUUCUGAUAUUCUAAACCAAAACAUCAUCAAAAUUGUUAGUGAUUUAAGGUUAUGAAAUGUCGCUUAGUGACAUUUUGUAAAAAGCCGACGGCAUAUUGUUUCUUGUUAAUUUUGUUUGCCUUUAAGGCAAAGUUUCUAUAACGUUUGAUUAAUGCUAAUGUUUGAGCCUUCUUGAACACUAGUUUUCCUUCAUUGAUAAUAGAUGAGC